AUGGCCUUAACUAUGGAACAGAAAAAUAAUCUUGAUUUUAUACUCAAGAACUUAUUGGCUGGAGGUGUGGCGGGUAUGUGCGCAAAAACGACAGUGGCGCCACUGGAUCGUAUGAAGAUUCUCCUCCAAGCUCAGUCAUCCCACUACAAGAACCACGGAGUUUUGGGUGGAUUAACUGCUAUUGUGAAGAAGGAGUCCCUUAUAGCCCUCUACAAAGGGAAUGGAGCCCAAAUGGUCAGGAUAUUCCCGUACGCAGCCACGCAGUUCACCAGCUUUGAGAUUUAUAAAAAGUACCUAAGCGGUGUCCACAUACCGGUAGUCCAACAUGGCGACAAGUUUGUGGCGGGAGCGGGCGCGGGAGUGACAGCUGUCACUUUGACGUACCCGUUGGACACUAUUCGAGCGCGGCUUGCGUUCCAGAUCACGGGCGAACACAAGUACAAUGGCAUCGCGCAUGCAGCUACCACCAUGUUUAGGACGGAGGGUGGUAUCCGAGCCCUGUACCGCGGGUUCGUGCCCACCAUGAUGGGUAUGGUGCCGUACGCCGGCUUCAGCUUCUACUGCUUCGAGUCGCUCAAGUUCUUCUGCAUGAAGUACCUGCCCACCACGCUCUGUAGAAAGUGCGAGAGGAAUACCGGAGGUCUAGUGCUAACAGUGCCCGGCAAGUUGGUGUGUGGCGGGCUGGCGGGCGCGGUGGCCCAGUCCGUGUCGUACCCGCUCGACGUGACGCGGCGUCGCAUGCAGCUCGCCUGCAUGGACGCGCACACCGCCAAGUUUGGCAUUGGCAUGGUCAAGACGUUGACCCUCAUAUACCGUGAGAACGGCAUAGUGAAGGGUCUGUACCGCGGUAUGAGCAUCAACUACAUCCGAGCGAUACCAAUGGUCGCCACUUCAUUCUCCACUUACGAACUCAUGAAACAAUUACUACAACUCGACACAGGAAUGAUGGUAUCGUAA